AUGUUGUUCCUAAAGAAGAGUCUGCAUAUUGGCACAGUACUGCCGGAAGGCACCAUGUUUACACGAGUUGGUAUGCCAAAAUCUGAUAGUUCUGUAUCUAUUCCAUUGAAGUCAAAGUACUUUGGAAUCAUCCUUUCACAUUUCAAGAUACCUCACAACUCCGUAAAGGCAAAGCGGGUAGCUGACACACUUCAUUCAUGUGACAAGCCGAGUGACAAGGAGGAACCUCACAUGUGCUUCUCAUCCCGAGGAGCAAUGGAAAGGUUCUCCACUAAAGUGUUAGGAGUUGUCCGCGUACGACAAACCGUUACAAGGAUUUAUGGCCAUGAGACCCCAAGCUCCAGAUACACCGUGGUUAGAAUCACUCCAUUAAGCACUAAUAUGGUGCCAUGCCACCCUAUGGAUUUUCCGUAUGAAGUCUUUUAUUGUCAUCGGCCGAAAGAAGUGCAGUCUUUCAGGGUGCAACUCAAGGAUAAGAAAAAUGGCAUGCCACUCGUGACAACAACCGCCAUGUGCCACAUGAACACAUCUGAUUGGGACAAGCAAUACUUUGAGAUGCUUGGGCGGAGUGCGUGGUGA